AUGGCUCACCGUCAUCUUAUCGACUCCCUCACCUCCCACAUCUCCCUCUACCAUUCCCAAUCCCCAAACCCUAACCCUAACCCUAACCCUAACCCUAGAUCUUCCAUUCUCAAAUGGUUCUCUUCUCUCUCAAUCCACCAGCGUCUCUCUCAUCUCACAAUUCUCCAUUCCGGUUUCGUUCAGAUCAUACUCCAAAUGAUGUCCAAACUCCAUUCCAAUAACAACCACGGUUGCUUCAUUCUCCUGCCGGAUCUCGCCUCCCGCGAUCCGCCUUUUCUCCCUACUCUCUGCUUCAAGAAAUCGCAUGGCCUCCUCGCGCGAAUGGCUGAUUCCGACACCGCCACGAAAUUGAUAUUCGAUAGCGUGCGCCUCUUCGAGUCACGUGAAGGGGAGGAUGAUGUCGCCGGAUGUUCUUGCUCGGUAAGGAAUCUCGACGCAGUGACGUUUUCCGUUGAGCUUGUGGAGGACGUGGAGAGAUUUGUGGAGGCUAUGGAUAGGAUCUCCGGGGGAGGGUUUCUUAGAGGGGAGGAAGGUGAGAUUGGGGAGGAUUGGAUGGAGUUGAAUUGGUUGAAAUCUAAGGGGUACUAUGGGAUUGAGGCUUUUAUUGCGAAUAGGAUUGAGGUUUCUAUGAGGUUGGCUUGGUUGAAUAGCUGCGGUGGGAAGAAGAGAGGUGUGAAAUUGAAGGAGAAGUUGAAUGUGGCUGGGGUUGCUGCUAAUGUAUAUUGGAGGAAAAAAGGUUGUGUGGAUUGGUGGGGGAAUUUGGAUUCUGUGACGAGGAAGAAGGUGUUUGACACUAUCAUUAUGAAAUCUGCUAAAACUUUGACGUAUGAGGUUUUAAAAGUGGCAAGCAGUGCCUCCAAAGAUGAAGUUUGGCUAUACAGUAGUGGGACGGGAGUUGAUAAACUACUUGGCUAUAAUUGCGCUGCAACUGCUCAAAGGACCAUCCGGACAUUUUGCGAUGAUACAGAAUUUGGCAGAAUUAUUACACCAGUCAGCAGUUGUAAAAAGCCUGCAGCUUUAGCCAGAGCCUUUAAUUCCUUAUCUGUGCUUCAAGACAUUAGCAUAAUGUUAACAUCAAGUAUUAAUAGUGAAUAUGAUAUAGGAACUCUUUUCUUUAGUUCGUUGGGUUCUGUCUCUACAAUAUCUGAUUGUAUAUUAAGAAAAUUGAGAGGUUUUCUGAUGGUUAUUUCACUUGACUGCACAAAACGUGAGCUACUAGAGGAGGAACAUGGCAAAUCCUCAUCGGGUAAACCUAAGGAAAAGGUCGGUCUUUCUAACCGUAAAAAGAAGGGACGGACCCGCAAUAAAAAGCAAAAUCCUGCCCCAAAAACAUCUGUGAGUGGUAUUUCAUGCGAAAAUCAUCAUAAGGACAUUGAUUGUGUAAUGGACAGUACAAAGAUGAUUGAUUUAACGAAACCUGGGGAACUUCCUCUGGGAAAGGGUACUUCUAAGGGGAGCUCGUCAUCAACUGUAAAAGUUGUAGAUAUUACUCGGGAAUCAAAUAUUGGCAAACCUCGAACUACUCCGAGAAGAAGUAGGAAAGAGAAAAAUAAAAAUAAAAGCGCCCUUAUUGACAAUGCAGUUGAAGAUUCUCUCAACUCAAUUAUGCAUGCUGCCUCUGCCACUAUUAUUUCUAAAGGUGAGGUGGCAAUAUGCGAUAGGUCUUUUGAUAGUUCUACCAUUCAGAAUGUCAAACAUGACGAUUCAAUUGGUAAUAACACCCUUGCUUCAAAUUCAAGCAUUAGUUGUUCUCUAAAUAGACUUACUAAGGAGAACACCUCUACUGGGAACGUUGAAGGAGAGACUGUUGACAAUCUUGCUGAAAGUUGCAAUAGUUCAAGUUCUCAGUGUUCAUUGCCAAAUGAAAGGAAAUUAUUGUCUUCUGAAUUAAAUACUUGCGACGUAGAAUGUGAAGCUACAACACCGCCUGUACCUGCAUUGGAGCAUGGUAGUUUCUCCAGCAAUGACAAUACCUGUUCUUUGAACACAACAGGUGCUGCCAAAGCUGAUGUAAAGUCAAUUAUUCAUGACAAACCGAUUCGAGAGGUUAAUGUAAAAGAAUUUAGCAAGUUAAGAGAGAGAGAUAGAUGUCUAUUUGAUAGUAGAAACUCUGCUUUCUCAAAAUGCAGUCCAUAUGAAUGGCCUGGUAUACCUUCUAUCUAUUUUCCAUCUUUUAACUCACAUCUCCCACCUGCGACAGACAGAUUGCAUCUGGAUGUUGGGCGUAAUUGGCAUAAUCACUUCUGCCAACCAUUUGUUCCCACAUUACAGCAAACAAGAAAUACACAAACUGAAGGUGGGUGCAACCAAAUCCUGUCUCGUUCAAUUCCUAUGAGUUUUGACUGGCCACCAGUUUUUCGUGGUGGUGUGACCCCAUCACCAAAUUGUAAUUAUGACUCCGGUUUCAUAUCUAGGCAACAAUGUAAAAUUUCAAAAGGUUUGUCUGUUCACAGCAUGCAUGUUGAUGCAACAACUCCUGAUGAUGAAAGAAAGUACUCUGGGGAUACAUUGGAUUUACCUGAUCUAGUAACUACACAGGAGUUCACAGAUGAAUUUGACAACCUCUGUGUAUCAGAGGAAGAGUAUGAUUUUCAUGCUGUUUCUGGUAUAGAUUAUAAUCAAUAUUUUGGCGGUGGUGUAAUGUACUGGAACCCUUCUGAACAUUCAGGAAAAGGUUUUUCUCGGCCUCCCUCUCUCAGCUCUGAUGACAGUUUAUGGGCUUUGCGUGAAGCUGAUAUGAAUAGGACAGUGGAUGAUAUGGUUGCUUUCUCAUCUUCAUAUAGUACAAAUGGUUUAACAUCACCAACUGCUGCGACAUUUUGCUCUCCCUUUGAUCCUGUAGGUACUGGGGCCCAGACUGUUGGUUAUGUAAUGUCAGGUAAUGAAAUUCCUGGGAAAGUGAUGCAUUCUUCAUCAGUUACAGAUGCAGCAGUGGAAGAUGAUACUUCUGGUUCUUUGAGUAGUAACUUAUCUGGAGAAACUGAAGGGAAGACGGGUGAUUCACAUCCGUAUCCCAUUCUACGGCCAAUAAUUAUUCCUAACUUUUCAAGGGAAAGGUCUAUAUGUAUUGAUCAUAAAAGCCCUUGUGUUCCUCCUACCAGGCGGGAGCAGCCUCGCAUAAAGCGGCCACCAUCACCUGUGGUGCUUUGUGUACCGCGUGCCCCACGUCCUCCCCCACCCUCCCCUGUGAGUGAUUCCAGGAAACAAAGGGGUUUUCCAACUGUUAGAUCUGGUAGUUCCAGCCCAAGACACUGGGGAAUGAGAGGCUGGUAUCAUGAUGGGAGUAAUUUAGAGGAUGCUUGUUUAAGAAUGGAUGGUGCUGAAGUUGUGUGGCCUUCCUGGAGAAGUAAAAACCUUGCAGUGCAACCUCUAAUCCAACCUUUACCUGCUGCCUUGCUGCAGGACCGCCUGAUUGCAAUGUCACAGAUAGCACGUGACCAGGAACAUCCGGAUGUCACUAUUCCUCUGCAACCUGCCGAGUUACGAAGCUGUUCUGCAACGGGUGCAUCUUUAUCUUUGAUGCAUGGAAUGCUCCAUGAUGAGAUUGACUCUUUCUGUAAACAGGUUGCCUCAGAAAACAUGGCAAGGAGGCCUUACAUUAAUUGGGCUGUCAAGAGAGUUACCCGAUCUCUGCAGGUUCUGUGGCCCAGAUCCAGGACAAACAUAUUUGGUUCCAAUGCCACUGGUAUGGCUCUUCCAACAAGUGAUGUUGACCUUGUGGUUUGUCUCCCUCCAGUGAGGAACCUGGAACCUAUUAAAGAAGCCGGAAUAUUGGAAGGUCGUAAUGGUAUUAAAGAAACAUGUCUUCAGCAUGCAGCUAGGUACCUUGCUAAUCAGGAAUGGGUAAAGAAUGAUUCUCUAAAGACAGUGGAAAAUACUGCUAUACCUAUUAUUAUGCUCGUGGUGGAAGUACCCCAGGAUGUUAUCGCUUCAUCAGCUCCUACGUUAAAUUCGUUAAAAGAAGAGCCACAAUGUACAACUGGUGAACAUGAUUCCAAAUCAGUUCGUGUUGACAUCAGCUUUAAGUCACCAUCACAUACGGGGCUCCAAACUACAGGAAUGGUUAAGGAGUUGACGGAGCAAUUUCCUGCUGCUACUCCUCUUGCUUUGGUGCUAAAACAGUUUUUGGCAGAUCGAAGCCUUGACCAGUCCUACUCUGGUGGCUUAAGUUCUUACUGUUUGGUAUUAUUAAUUAUACGUUUUCUUCAGCAUGAGCACCAUCUUGGCCGGCCGAUCAACCAAAAUUACGGAAGUCUUCUGGUGGAUUUUCUUUACUUUUUUGGUAUCAUUACAAUUAUUUUUUCUUUUAGGAAUGUGUUUGACCCCCGUCAAAUGCGGAUAUCAGUGCAGGGAAGUGGACUUUAUAUAAAGAGAGAAAGAGGUUGUAGCAUUGAUCCAAUUCACAUAGAUGAUCCUCUUUUUCCAACAAAUAAUGUGGGAAGGAAUUGCUUCAGAAUCCAUCAAUGUAUUAAGGCAUUUUCAGAAGCUUAUAUUGUUCUUGAAAAUGAACUCACGCUCCUAAAUAGUGAUGGCGAGUCAUGCUCUAAGCCAUCUUACAGACUGCUUCCAAAAAUCAUCCCAAGUCUUGAUGUAUCAUAG